AUGUUAAAGAGCUCUUUUCGUCUUCCCCUUUUGUCGGCUGCCAGGCGGCGUUUGGGUACUGCGACCAAGAAACAACUGUCGCUUCCGGCGGCGUACUACCGCGGAGGCACUUCUCGAGCCGUCUUCUUCAACCAAUCAGACUUACCUUCAAAUCGCGCAGACUGGGAUCCGAUCUUUCGCGGGGUGAUUGGUAGCCCAGAUCCCUAUGGUCGUCAGCUCGACGGGCUGGGCGGCGGCAUUUCCAGCCUAUCCAAAGUCUGUGUCGUGGGCAAGCCGACGCAUCCGGAGGCAGACGUCGACUAUACGUUUGUAUCCCUUGGUGUCAAGAAUAGAGAUGUUGAUUAUUCCAGCAAUUGUGGAAACAUGAGCAGUGCUGUUGGACCCUAUGCUAUCGACCAGCAGCUUGUCGCCCCUCAAGAUUCCGAGUGGGCAACCGUGCGAAUCCACAACACGAACACAGGAAAGCUGAUCAAUGCGAGCUUCCCUGUUGUCGAAGGCGAGGCUGCGUCAAGUGGUGAUUUCGCCAUUGACGGCGUUGCGGGCACUGCUGCCCGUAUCCAGCUUGAUUUCAUCGACCCUUCCGGCGCUGUGACCGGAAAACUUCUUCCCACUGGAAACGUGCAAGAUACAUUUGACGGGGUCCCAGUAACCUGCAUUGAUGUCGCAAAUCCAUGUGUCUUCGUCUGCGCAGACGAUCUGGGAGUUGCGGGCAAUCUCACUCCAGACGAGAUCACAGCACAUCCUGAUCUUUUGCCCCGAUUGGAUUCUAUUCGCCGUCAAGCAGGAGUCAAGAUGGGAAUUGCGGAGACAGCUUCUCAAGUGCCAGGGAGCAUUCCCAAGAUUUGCAUGGUGGCGAAGCCCCCGCCCUCUGCUGAUGCGAACGCAUCUGAGAAUAAGCAGACUGAGCAAGAUGUUGAUCUGGUGGUGCGCUCACUCUCUGUGGGCCAGCCGCAUAAGGCCGUACCCAUCACAGUUGCACUGGCACUCUCUUGUGCUGCACGAGUGGAUGGAACAACUGUGGCUAAGUCAAAAACGGAAACCCAGAUCGAUGGUGCUGGGAUCACCAUUGGGCAUGCUAGCGGCAAUUUGCUCGUCGGUGCACAGUUCGAGGGAGGCGAGCUCAAGGCUGCCACCGUCUUUCGCACCGCGCGGCGGCUAUUCGAGGGACGCAUUUACUACAAAAGCGAGUAG